AUGAAUCGACCGAUUCUCCUCGUCUUCUGUUUGGCUCUUCCAUUCUCGGAGGCCGUUCUCAAGUGCUACACCGGUUAUUCCAUUAUGAAAGGUAGGCGGGCGGGCAAAUGGAAGUGCGCUCUAUCGCGAAUUCAGGUAGCACGAUCGGAACAGAAACGAAGGAUUGCGGCAAGGAAACUGACUACUGCUACAACGGCACCGCCGACAUUUCGAGCUUCAGCAAGUUCCAGAAGGCCGGCUGCAACACUGUUAUUUGCCAGGUCUGAAAGUCUGGAAGUGGGGAAAAAGUUGUCAGCAUUCGAUUUCAGUUCCACGCGAACAAGUGCUUCGAGCAGCUGGUUUCGGGCCAGAUGCUCACGUUCUGCUGCUGCAACACGGGCGAUCUGUGCAACGGCGGAGCGGUUACGGUAUGCGCCCGUGUUUACGCAAAAAGUCGGACUUUCUGAUGUUUCAGGAUUCCGGAUCUUUGUUCGAUCGUGGUCUGUCGGUUCUCAAGGGUAUCGUGUCGGCAGGCAAAAAGUGA